AUGAAAGCUAUUUUAACUCACGGGAAGACGAUACUGUCAAACAGAACCUCGAUGGUGAAGAUGGCCACCGGGAGACAAUUGCGUGAUAGGACUUCCAUAUUAUGGAAUAGGAAAUUCUCAAGUAAUAUGUUUAUAAAUCAGAACUCCAAAAGGUCAGAUAACUUAGUGAAUCGUGCAAAGGCUGCUGCAGUAAACAAAAAAGCAGUUAGUCCGAUCUUAAUGAAAUGGGCCGUUUUUACCGGUGUUACUUUAGUGAUUGGAACCAUUUUAUUAGUCGCUAGAAAUGAACAAUUGGAUGCAAUGCAUGAGAACGCCAAUGAGAAUGAUGAAAUAAAUAAGAACAAGAAAAAAUAUAAACGAAUUAAAAUCUUUAACAAUGAUUGGUUAUUCUUUUGCUAUUCUACGCUACCACUGAAUGCUAUUUCUCGUUUAUGGGGGAAGGUGAAUUCUUUAACUCUACCGCUUUGGUUGCGACCCAUUGGUUAUCAAUUCUAUUCUUAUUUAUUCAAUGUCAACCUGGAUGAAAUGGAAGAUCCUAAUUUUGCUCAUUAUGCUAACCUAUCCGAAUUCUUCUAUCGUAAUAUUAAACCUGAAGUAAGACCAAUAUCUCCUGGGGAAAACGUUAUUGUCUGUCCCAGUGAUGGUCAGAUAUUACAAAUUGGUAUUAUUGAUUCAGAUACUGGUGCCAUCGAACAGGUUAAAGGGUUGACAUAUUCCAUCAAAGAAUUUUUGGGUACUCACUCGGAUCCACUUAUGUUUAAGAGUGAAUCCAACUUAAAUCUAAGAUCGGAAGAAGUUAAACAUAAAGAGUUUGCUGAAGAACAUGAAUUUAAUUUAGCACAAGUUCCAACUGGAGAACUAGAGGAUCCACGGUAUAUUAAUAUUAAAAAUGAAGGUGAUAAAUCCCUACAACAAUUCCAAUCUGGGGCAUCCAAAACAGUGAAAUUACUAAGUGAAUUAUCACUAAGCUAUCCAUCUUAUAGAAUGGCAUCCACUGAUCCGGUGGAUACAGAACUAUAUUUCGCAGUGAUCUAUUUGGCACCUGGUGAUUAUCACCAUUUCCAUUCGCCAAUUGAUUGGGUAUGUAAAGUGCGUCGUCAUUUUCCAGGUGAUCUUUUCUCAGUUGCUCCGUACUUCCAAAGAAAUUUCCCAAAUCUUUUCGUAUUAAAUGAACGUGUCUCAUUACUAGGUUAUUGGAAACAUGGAUUUUUUAGUAUGACCCCUGUAGGUGCCACCAAUGUUGGUUCUAUUAAACUGAAUUUUGAUAAAGAAUUGGUGACAAAUGUAAAGAGAAAUAAACAUAAAGAUCCACAUAUUUGUUAUGAAGCCAUAUAUGAGAAUGCAAGCAAGAUACUUGGUGGGAUGCCACUAAUGAAGGGUGAAGAAAUGGGUGGCUUUGAGUUAGGUAGUACAGUUGUAUUAUGCUUUGAAGCACCAACUAAUUUUAAAUUUAAUUUGAAGGUGGGUGAUAAAGUUAAGAUGGGUCAGACAUUGGGUAAAGCGGAAUAA